AUGGAUCUUCCCAAGCCAAGGCAAGAAAGAGAGACAAGCUUAUUGAUGUACUACCUGGAUGUUGUUUUUCCUCUUCAAUACCUCCCCCAUGAACGCACCUGCGUAGGCAAGAGAGAAUGGUUGCUUACUAUCCUCACCUCUGCUCGACCUACAUAUUAUGCGACACUAUGUUUGGCUCUACUACAUAAGGAAUACACUGCAAUUUCAUCAACUAGCGAACAAGCUGCAGUAUGGAAGAGAGAAAAGACGUAUUAUUAUGUCCUUGCACUGCAGGAGUCUCAGAAAUUGCUGGGUGGUCUAGAUAAUACUUCAGGCAUGAUAAAGCUGAAAGUUACCGUUAUUGCUCUAGCCUGUAUGCUUCAGCUCGUGAGCUUCGAGUCUUCUCAUCUGACGAGGGGAGACUGGCACGUUCAUCUUCUGGCAGCCAAGACACUUAUUCCAGCUUUAGUCGACGGUUGGUCGACAGCUUUACAAUCAGGCCCUCCAGCAUCUUCUAUAUGGUGCGAAUUAAACGAAUCAGAUUUCGACUCGGAUGGGGACUUCGUCCAGACAUCGCUGAGCUUCGAGUAUCUCGCAGCCCUGAGAUUCUUAUCAAACUUUCUUGCCACAAUUGGUAUUCUAUCUUGCAUAUCUGUUGGUCCAGCGUCGCCAUUCGAGGAUUAUAGCCAUCUUAUGAACCAACCAGGUUUGAUGCAGCUAGACGAGUUGCUAGGGUGCCGAAACUGGGCCAUGCUGACUAUUUUGGAAGUGGGUAAGCUGGAUCGCUGGAAGCGCCAGGAGCAGGAUCACAACCGUUUGAGCUUGAAAACCCUUGCUCGACGAUCUAUGGCGAUAGAAGACAUGGUGACAGAGGAGCUCCAAAACUCACCUACACAAGGAACUCUGAGAGACCUCAUCACUCACAUUUACGCAGCCUCUAUCACGACAUACCUGCACACCGUCGUAUCGGGCCUGAAUCACAACCUUGUUGAGGUCCAGGAUAGCGUAUCCACAACGAUUCUGCUGCUGGAGAAGCUACCAGACUUGCAAGCUGUUGUAAGCAUUAUCUGGCCUUUGGCGCUUACAGGAUGUAUGGCUUUGCCCAGCCAAAGGGGGUUUUUCAGGGUGACUCUGAGGUCCUAUAGCUCUACUUGGAGCUCUUUGAGGAAAUAUGAUGGGGUCAUCGAAGUCUUGGAGGAGGCUUGGAAGAAGCGGGAGCUAAAGACAGAUGAGGGUGCUAUGAACUGGGAAGAUCUUAUGGAUUUCCAAGGGAUUCCAGUUCUUUUGAUUUAG